UUUUAAAAAGUUGCAGGGAAAGCGAGGAAGAGGCAGAGGCGCAGAGGGCACCGAGCAGGGCUCCCAUCUCCAGCGAGGCCGGAGGCGACGCAGGCAGGAUGUCCGCCGCACACUUCAACCGGGGACCGGCCUACGGGCUGUCAGCGGAGGUCAAGAACAAGCUGGCCCAGAAGUAUGACCCCCAGCGGGAGCAGGAGCUGCGGCUGUGGAUUGAGGACAUGACGGGGGAGCGCCUUGCAGACAACUUCAUGGAGGGGCUGAAGGACGGUGUCAUCCUGUGCAAACUCAUCAACAAACUGCAGCCCGGCUCCGUGAAGAAGGUGAACGAGUCCACGCAGAACUGGCACCAGCUCGAGAACAUCAGUAACUUCAUCAAGGCCAUCACCAAGUACGGCGUGAAGCCACACGACAUUUUCGAAGCCAACGACCUCUUUGAGAGCACGAACUACACCCAGGUGCAGUCCACCCUGAUCGCCCUGGCGAGCCAGGCCAAGACAAAAGGCAACAAAGUGAACAUGGGUGUCAAAUACGCCGAGAAGCAUCAGCGCCGAUUCCAGCCGGAGAAGCUGAAAGAAGGACGGAACAUUAUCGGGCUGCAGAUGGGCACCAACAAGUUUGCCAGCCAGCAGGGCAUGACGGCGUACGGCACCCGCCGGCACCUCUAUGACCCCAAACUGGGCACAGACCAGCCCCUGGAUCAGGCCACCAUCAGUCUACAAAUGGGCACCAACAAGGGAGCCAGCCAGGCGGGCAUGACGGCCCCAGGGACCAAGCGGCAGAUCUUCGAGCCCAUGCUGGGCAUGGAGCACUGCGACAGCCUCAACGUCUCCCUGCAGAUGGGCAGCAACAAGGGCGCCUCGCAGCAGGGCAUGACCGUGUACGGGCUGCCACGCCAGGUCUACGACCCCAAGUACUGCCUCCAGCCCAACUACGCCAUGGUCGGCGAGGACGAGUACAACCACAGCCAACACAACUUCUACAACUCCGAAUGAGGGGCCGGGCCGGGGCCUGGACUGAUCAGAGACACACGCAACCAGGACGCUAGAAGAAACUUUUUAAAAAAAAAA